UAUUUACGUAAUUGUUGUUGGGUUAAAAGUAUUUACGGAUAUACUGUUGGGGAAUGACGACUUAUAAGUCGCCAAACGGUUUGGCGACUUAGCCUUUAAAACAGACGAGUCGGAUAGCUUUUCUACAGACAGAACGGAUUGCAGCCCCAAAACUUCCUCCGGCAAAAAGCGAGUUGUAGGCGACAGGGAGCACCAGGGCGAUUCUUUGAGCUAUUCUCCGGUGAUUCUUCGAGCUACUCUCUGGCGACGCCACCUUGCCAAGGAUUCUCCACCUCCAUCUUUUUCAACACUCUUUCUUCUAGGUAAAUCAAACUCCAUUUCAUCUCAUAUUGAAGUUAGGGUGAUGAAUCAGCAGCAUGCACGGGCAUACAUUUUGAUGCUUAUGGGAGCUUCCAUUUUUGCUGACAAGAGUGUAAAUGAGGUUCAGGUGCUACACUUGCUGAUACUAGAGAGAUUUGAUGUAGUUGCACACUUCAGUUGGGGUAGUGCCACAUUGGCUUAUCUACAUAGGCAGCUAUGUCGCGGUUGCCAGAGUGGAAGCACGGAGGUCGGGGGUUUUCUGCUUCUAUUGCAGAUUUGGUCAUGGGAGUACAUUCACAUUGUCCGUCCCAUUAUAGUACGAUACCAUGGGCGUGAUGGAGAACCACUUCAUGAUCAGUCUCCGCAUCUUCUUAAACCACAUCAUCGACGGAGCGAGGACCCACUAGGGCGUCGGUAUGUUUUACUCGGUUAUAUUUAUAAUUGUAAGUAAUUAAUACAACUGUAAGUAUAAUAUAGUUGUAUUAAUUAUAAUUGUAUUAAUAUAUAUAUUACAUGAAUGGUUAGAUGGGUAUUUGCUUACCUGUGUCGCACAUCAUCGGCUUCUGGUCUCGGUUUCUAUAGGGAUGCAUUUGAUCGCAUGUCUGAUGAUCAGAUUACAUGGAUGCCAUAUAAAGCUCAGAUGUUAGAGGAGUUACCCCGAUAGGAUGAGAGCGUUAUGCUAUAUGGAGAGCAUGUGUGCCGUUGAUAUACUUUGACAUUGUUGAGCUUCAUUUGCCUGAUCGUGUUAUGCGGCAGUUUGGCUAUGAGUGGGUCAUUCCAGCACCUGUUGACACAUUUGUAGAUCUUCAUAAGCUGGAUAGGUGUGGGAAGCCUAUAGAGGAUUGGUCGCUCAGACAUGCCCGAUACAUGGCUAUAUGGCAUAGGCGAGCGAAGCUCGUUGUGAUUGGGACACCAACAUUUGUCCCAUCUGUUUCUGCAGACUAUAUGAGAUGGUAUUACAGCAUCAUGCAGGUGUUUGUAUCUCCAUCUUUCAGACUCCCUACUCACCAUAAUCAGCCUAGUUCCAUGGCUUUGCACUUGACGACACAGGCUUUGCAGCAUAUACAUGAGCGAGCGACUGCCACAGUUAGUGAGACGCAUGACGUGGACACGUACCAUCAGGUUCUAACGGGCAUUGCUUCGUUGUGUUCGGAUGUGUUGGGGCGAGUGGACUAUGGCCAUCUUAUACAUAUGACACCCGCUUAGGAUUCUACGCCAUCGACAUCUACAUCUACAGCAACUUCUACAUCUCAGACUCAGUGUGAUAGAGUUGUUCUUCAGCCACGCCUCCAUGAUCAGGACGACCAAGAAGACCUUCAAAACUCGUAGCCUGUCUCCAUUAUUGAAGUUAUUCACGUAGCCUGAAUUUGUAGUUUUUUUUAAUCUGUGAAACGAUUUACUUUAUGACGUAUGUACACCUGCAAAGUAUUGAAUUUUAGUUAUUUAAUCAUUUUCUUUAUGUGUUUAUGUGUUGGGUUAUGCAAAUGUGUUGAUGUGC